GUCACAUGAUUGUAAACACAUGAUCACAUGACAGAAUCAGUUCCACUUCAACAUGGCUUUAGGGUGUUAUAGUUUUCUGAAAUAUGCUGUUAUUGUUUUGUCGUGUAUUUUAUUUGGCCCGUGUGAGGCUCACUACAGCAGAACAAAUAGAUAUAAGGCUCGGGUUCAGCUGAAGUCCGGUGUGGAGGAUCAGUGGUUCAUCCAGAGAUUGGAUCACUUCAAUGGGGCUGAUAGUCGAGUCUGGAAACAGAGAUAUUUUGUAAAUGACAGUUUCUAUAGAGUCGGUGGUCCGGUCUUCCUGAUGAUCGGAGGUGAAGGUCCAGCAAACCCCGCCUGGAUGCAGUAUGGGACCUGGCUGACUUACGCACAGAAACUGGGAGCCCUGUGUCUGUUACUGGAGCACAGAUUUUAUGGGAAGAGUCACCCAACUGAGGACCUCAGCACAGAGAAUCUGCGUUUCCUCAGCAGUCGUCAGGCAUUGGCUGAUCUCGCUCACUUCCGCACAGUUACCGCAGCGGCACGAGGCCUGACCAACAGCAAGUGGGUUGCGUUUGGAGGCUCCUACCCAGGAUCCCUAGCUGCCUGGUUCCGUCUAAAGUACCCACACCUGGUUCAUGCGUCUGUGGCCACCAGCGCACCUGUGCAUGCUUCAGUCAACUUCCCAGAGUAUUUAGAAGUUGUGUGGCGAUCGCUGGCGGCGGAGAACCCAGAGUGCCCUCUGCUGGUGAAGAAAGCAUCCGACACAUUAGUAGAGCGACUCAAUGACCCCAAAACCUACGACAACAUCACAAAGGACUUCAGGCUGUGCUCCAAACUCCAGAUCCAGUCCAAGAUGGAUUCUGCGUAUCUUCUGGAGUCUCUGGCUGGGAAUUUCAUGGAUGUAGUGCAGUACAAUGAGGACAACCGGGCCUUUGAGGGUGCUGUGGGCACGAACAUCACCAUAAAGGUGUUGUGUGGUGUGAUGCAGGACUCUUCUUUGGGUGACCCGUACGAUCGAUACGCAGCUGUGGCUCGUCUGAUGCAGAAAAUCUUCUCACAGUCCUGCAUUAACACUCAGUACAAGAGCUUCAUCCAGGACAUCAGCAACAGCAGCUGGAGCGGCCCUGAGGCUGGAGGAGGACGGCAGUGGGUGUACCAGACGUGCACUGAAUUUGGGUUUUAUCAGAGCACCGAUUCGCCAAACCAACCCUUCAGUGGCUUUCCAUUAGGGUAUCACCUACAGCAGUGUGCUGAUAUUUAUAACCUGAGCACCUCACUGGAUGAGGCCAUUCAGCAGACCAAUGAGGAAUAUGGAGGAUAUGACAUCAAAUCCACACGCAUCGUCUUCCCAAAUGGAUCCAUUGAUCCGUGGCACGCACUUGGAGUGACAAAGGACAUCUCUGGAGACCUUCCUGCUGUCUUCAUCAAAGGAACGGCUCAUUGUGCUAACAUGUACCCGGCCCGAGCCGAAGACCUUCCUCAGCUGGGUUUAGCACGCGACCGCAUCUUCAUCCUGCUCCAGAAGUGGCUGGCAGAGUGAUUGACAGCUGCAGCAGCCAAUCAGAUACACAGGGGUGUUUAUUGGGCAGUCAUGUCAUUCUGUCUGAUGGUACUGAGGAUUAUCCACUUUGUCACAGAUUUUUAAAAACAAUCACGAAUCCAAAAUCAGUUUUGUAUGUAAUUUGUUUAUAAAAAUGAAUGAAUGAAUGUUUUUUUUCUUGAUGUAAAUGACUUUGUAUAUUUUGCAACAGAGGUUUCUCAAUAAAGGAAAUUUAAUGAUGUCGAAAA